CACCGGAUACAUUUUGACAACCGCAUUACUGUAUGUUGACGCUACUCUGUGGAUAGAAUAUAUAAGUAGAUCUAAUUAUUAAAAUAGUAGCACCCACGUGACCUAAGAGUGCACGUGACCUCGCUGAGCUUUGAACCGUGUAGCUACAUUUUGUUAUUUUGACUCAGCUGGAAAACCCCUGGAAAGAAAAUGAAAUCGAAAGUAAACCUGAAGUCAGACUUCAGUGCAGGGAAAGACCUUCCUUCAGACUGCUCUAGCUCCUGAAAUACUGAGGUGCCUAAAAGCUACUGUUUACAUCAGGGACGCUGUUCAUAGCCAAGGCUACAACAUGGCUAAGCUUUUGGUGGCUGCUCUUGCUCUAUUCACGGAUUUGGUGAUGAUCUACGUGCUGGACUUGGUGGGCAGCCAGCUGAGAGGUGAAGUGAGGAGUUUGGAUGGUGGAGCUGACUUAGUGAGGCAGUGGACUGAGGCUGUGCUGAGAUGCUCAGUGCUCUGUUCACUCUUCCACUGGAGUGAGAGUGAUAAUGGUGUGAGAGGGCCACUGAUGAAGCGAUGGGUUCUAGCCCACUGUUUUAUCACUCCUGUGUAUGAAACAGGUCGGUUGACUCUGUUUGGGAGCUGGCCUCUGGAGAAGUCUGCGAUGUGGCUGCUGGGAAGCGUUGCUGCUGCUCUGGGAUGCCUGUUUUGGGAGACGCUCUUACCAGAGUCUAAUGGGGAAAGCAGCAGUAAAGAGAACAAGCAGAAAGCUCGAGUGCUCUUCAUGAGAGUGAUCCUCUUGUACAAACCUGACUACCUGUUUCUCAUCGGGGCAUCUGUCUUUCUCGCCUUUGCUGUCCUUUGUGAGAUGUUUAUUCCACUCUACACAGGAAAGUUGAUCGACAUCCUGCAGACUCAGUACAGCUGGGAUGAAUUUCUGUCCGCAAUAAUAUUAAUGACAUUUUUCUCUUUCGGAAGUUCUUUCAGCGCAGGCUGCCGAGGAGGUCUGUUCAUGUGUGCGAUCGGCAGCUUUAUUACUAGAGUAAAGCAUCAACUCUUCAGCUGCUUGCUGAAGCAGGAAAUUGGCUUCUAUGAGACUACAAAGACAGGUGACAUCACAUCCAGACUGUCCACAGACACCAUUCUCAUGGCCCGAGCUGUAGCCCUAAAUGUGAAUGUCCUUCUGCGAACCCUGAUUAAGACCCUGGGGAUGCUGUACCUGAUGUUUAGUCUCUCCUGGAAGCUCACUGUACUGAUGCUGUUGGAGACACCUUUGAAUGGACUGCUACAGAAUAUUUAUGACACACACUAUCAGAGACUCUCAAAGAAGGUGCAGGACUCCAUAGCAAGAGCAAAUGAUGCUGCAGGUGAGGCUGUGUCAAGCAUCAGGACAGUAAAGAGCUUCAACGCAAAGCAGAGUGAGAAGUGUCGCUAUGAUGAGCGGCUGAUGGACACGCAUAAUAUAAAGUCUCGACGGGACACAGUCAGAGCAUUGUACCUCCUGGUGAGAAGGCUCACAGAGUUGGGAGUGAAGGUGGCUAUGUUAUACUAUGGCCGCCUGUUUGUGAUGUAUGGACAGAUGACCACAGGAAAUCUGGUCUCAUUCAUCCUCUACCAGUCAAAUCUUGCGCAAAACAUUAGGACUUUGAUUUACAUAUUUGGAGACAUGCUGAACUCUGUGGGUGCUGCUGGGAAGGUGUUCGAGUACCUGGACCGCAAGCCUGACGUGAGCACAGAUGGGACCCUGGAGCCAGAGGAACUGAAGGGACACAUCAGCUUCCAGAACAUCACCUUCUCUUAUCCAACACGUCCUGACCGCAAUGUGUUGGAGGACUUCAGUUUGGAGCUGAAUCCCGGUAAAAUGACUGCCCUGGUGGGGAUUUCCGGUGGUGGGAAAAGCACUCUUGUCAGUCUGCUGCAGAGGUUUUACCAGCCUCAGCAUGGACAGAUCCUACUGGAUGGACAGCCUCUGCGCAACUACCAGCACAAAUACCUGCACAGAAAGCUUGUUGCAGUGGGCCAGGAGCCUGUUCUCUUCUGCGGUACCGUACGGGACAAUAUUGCUUACGGAUUGCCAGACUGUUCGCUCGAGAGAAUUCAGGAGGCAGCACGCAAAGCAAAUGCACAUGAAUUCAUCUGCCAGUUAGAGAAAGGUUAUGACACAGAUGUAGGUGAGCGAGGAAGUCUUCUUGGUAGCAGUCAGAAGCAGCGCAUUGCGAUUGCCAGAGCUUUAAUCAGACAGCCACAGGUUAUAUUACUGGAUGAGAUCACAAGCUUUCUGGAUCCGAAGAGUGAACAAACGGUCCAACAAGCCCUGGCCAACUGCCCCAAUCAGACCUUACUGGUGAUCGCACACAAGCUGAAGACCAUUGAGAAGGCAGACCAGAUUAUUGUGAUUGACCAGGGGGUGAUUGUGGAGCGAGGGAGUCACCAGGAACUUAUGGAGAGGGAAGGGCAUUACUACAAACUGAAAGAGAAACUCUUUACUGAAAAUAACAGUAACAACAGCAACCAUACCAGUUAGUAAUGUGAAAGAAAAAGACCUGCAAGUCUAUUGAACCCGAAAGAUUUGACACCUGAUGCCUCAUCAGUCGAGAGUACAACUGUAACAAUAUAUUACAAUAGCUAUGAUUUGACAAUCUGCAUCUUUUCAAAUGUUUUCGAAGUUAGACUAAUGUUACUUGACCAUUUGCAAUGUUGUAUUUCUGUAUUAUUGUGUUAUAAUUUAAUUAUUGGGCUGUGUGCCCCAACGAUUGAGGCUCCGCGUUACUGAUCAGAAUAUCAAGUGUUCAAGCCUCGGCGCUGCCACUUUCGGGCCCUUGAGCAAGGCCCUUAACUGUAUCUGCGCCAGUUAUGACGUAUCAUGGUUGACCCUGCUCUCUGACACCAAAUUCCUAAUAAGUUGAGCUAUGCGAAGGAAAGAAUUUCACUGUGGUGGUUAACACUGUUGCCUCACAGCAAGCUUCAAACCUCGCAGUCGACUGGGGUUUUUCUGUGUCAAGUUUGCAUGUUCUCCUCGUACCUGAGUGGGUUUCCUCCCAAAGUCCAAAGAUAUGCAGAUUACGUCACCUGGGUACUCUAAAUUGUCAAUAGACCACUUUCACUGACGUCACCCGAAACCAGAAGUAAACAGACCCUGCACCAUUUUGGAAGACCAACAAACUCGUGAUAAGGGGAAAAUAACAGCAGCGGUAUGUGAACCCACAGGAAUAAAGUGGAGUGGCAAACGACUUAAACAAACAAAUCUGAGCUGUUUUAUUUAUGAUUUAUUGGCCCAACAGUAGACUUGAAAGAAACCUGUGUGAGACUUGGCAAAAAACUGUGGAUAUAAUGGAUAAGUCUGUGCAUGAUCUGUGGACACUUUGAGGUAAGCAAACGCAAGAAAUUCAGAUUUAAAACAUGCUAAAUUGGCCCCGAGUUGAUAACUGUAUGAGGAGCAAGCCUCCCAGACUUCUACAAUUUAAUAAUAAUAAUAAUAAUAAUAAUAAUAAUAAUGGGCGGCACGGUGAUGUAGUGGUUAGCGCUGUCGCCUCAUAGCAAGAAGGUCCGGGUUUGAGUCCCGUGGCCGGCGAGGGCCUUUCUGUGCGGAGUUUGCAUGUUCUCCCUGUGUCCGCGUGGGUUUCCUCCGGGUGCUCCGGUUUCCCCCACAGUCCAAAGACAUGCAGGUUAGGUUAACUGGUGACUCUAAAUUGACCGUAGGUGUGAGUGUGAAUGUGGCUCUCUCUGUUAGCUCUGCAAUAGAUUGGCGACCUGGCCAGGGUGUACCCCGUCUCUCGGCCAAAGUCAGCUGGGAUUGGCUCCAACUCACCCGUGACCCGCAAUGGAUAAGUGGUCUAAAAAAUGACUGAAUGAAUUUAAUUAUUCUGCCAAACUUGCUUCUGUAAAAACAAAAUCUGCUGUUAUGUGUUAAAGGUUGUAAAUAGUGGAGGAAAAUGAAAUAUAGCUUUUUUGUUUGUU